CGUGUCAAACACUCAUGGGCUGUGGUGUGUGGCUGCCCAGGAAGGGCAGGCAUUGCGGCGGCUCGGCGCUGCCAGGAUCCAACUACUGCGGGAAUCAUCAGCCGUCGCAAUCCAGGGUUCCAUGCCCGAUCGAUCCCUCACACACGGUUCUAGAGCACAAGAUCGCCGCGCAUCUGCGCAAAUGCCCCGCUGCCAAGCUCGAGCGCGAUGCCAAGAAUCGCCCCUAUUUCAGUCCUGGCGUCAAUGCUGGAAGCGAUUGCGAUUGCGAGGAGGAAGGGAAGGACAGUGUGGAAUCUGGCAGCAGGAGAGCGGCGAUCGAGUCGCUACCAAAGGACAAAUUCGAGGAGCUCGUGAUGAAGAUCGAGGUUGCUCACAGCAGCUGCUUUAGAUCGGAGAGAGGGACUGGCGUGUCGCUACUCCAGGAAAGCUUUGCGACGCCAUCAGCCUGUGCAAAGUGGCUGUGCUCGAACGUCGACAGGAGGCACCCUAUGCAGGAAAAGCAUAUCUCUCAGCAAGCUUCGAUGCUUGGAAACUUGGAAGAGAUCGGCUUGCUCAGGCGAAGAAAUGACGAAGGUUUUGGCGAUACUGAUCGUGGAAGGAAUGAGGAGUGCUUUAUCGAGUUUGGUGCCGGAAGAGGAUACUUGUCACACAUGCUCUCCGAUUGCUAUGCUGCGGACAACAUCAUCUUGGUCGAACGGAGAUCUUACAAAUUCAAGGCCGAUCGAACUCUUCGCUACGCAGCUGGCGUGUCUUUGUCGCGGCUUAGAGUAGACAUUGAAGAUCUUAAGCUGGAUGCUGUGGACGCUCUCCAGGGCUGCAAGAAGGUUGUGGCCGUAGGGAAGCACCUUUGUGGAGCGGCGACAGGUACUCUAUCAGUUUGUGGCAAAUUUUUACAAGUUUCCUAUCCAGAUAUGGCACUUCGAUGUUGUUCACAAUCAAGCGUGGUUUUUGGAAUUGGUUUUGCGACGUGCUGCCAUCAUCUUUGCCAGUGGAAGGCGUAUGUGAACAAAGAGUUUUUUCAAAGCAUGGGGCUUACAAAGACCGAUUUUGAGGCUGUGGUUUGGAUGACAAGCUGGGCAUUGAGUGGAAACUGCGAUGAGAAGGCGGAGUUGGGAAUGAAGUGCAAGGAGCUUCUUGACAUGGGCAGGCUCUUGUGGCUGCAAAGGACAGGGAUGAGUACGAAGAUGGUAAAGUAUAUUUCUCCUCAAGUAUCUCCGGAGAACAAGUUCCUCAUGGCCACGAAAAGAUCCAACGAGCUUGAAGUUUCAAGUAUUGUCUAGCAGCUUUAUGUGAAUCAUCCUCACUGCGUUGUUUGGGGCUGUGAAGAGAAGCUUGGUUCCUCCCCACAGCUCGAAGCACUAAGUUUCCAGCAAGUUGCUUAGUCUAUAUCUCUGUUGAAACGACGUGUUUCUCUCUCUGUUCCAGCUCGAAGGUUCUCAAAGAGCAAUUUAUUCAAGUACUUGAUCAAGUACCUUAUUCA